AUGAGCUCGUGUCGACUGGGACGAGAGGGCAUUUCAAGGCUGCUCAGGAAAGCUCGGCCGAGUGAUUGCGCCUCACCGAGGGCCAAAACACCAUGCCACGCGGGCCCAUCAUUCUCCGACGACCAGUCACCGUCGCAGCGCGGCGCCUCGUUGCAUGCCGAGGUGGGCUGCGAGGAAGCAGACGUGAACGUGUCGCUGCCCAAGGUGACCAUCUACGGGACCGGCGGCACCAUCGCAGGCGCGGCCAAGACGGCUUCCAUGACGUCCCAGUACGACCCCGGCGUCCUGCCCGUCAGCACGCUGGUCGAUGACCUUCCCGAGCUUCUCGAUGCCGUGCAGCCCCGCGCCGAAGAGGUCGUCAACGUCGGCAGCCCGGACGUGGGGCCCCGAGACUUGAUCCUCCUAUCGCAGAACAUCCAGAGGGAGCUCGACGGCGACACGCAGGGCGUCGUCAUCACGCACGGCACCGACACCAUCGAGGAGACGGCCUAUUUCCUCGAGCUCACCGUCAAGUCGGAUAAGCCCGUGGUGCUCGUCGGCUCGAUGCGGCCGCCGACGGCGCGGGGCGCGGAUGGGCCCAUGAAUCUGCUGUGCGCCGUGAACCUUGCCGUCAGCCAGGGUGCCCGGAGCAGAGGCGUCAUGAUCGUCCUCAACGAUCGAAUCUGCCCUUCCCGGUUCACGACAAAGUCGCACGCCAACAUGCUCGACAGCUUCAAGGCGGCCGAGGAGGGGUACCUGGGCAUCUUUGUCGACUCGCAGCCGCUCUUCUUCUACCCGCCUUGCCGACCGCUCGCCCGGCAAUACUUUGACAUCUCGGCGAGGAAGCCCGAGGACGGGCUGCCGAUAGUGGACAUCCUGUUCGGCCACUCCGACGUGCGACCGGAGCUGUUCGAGGCCGCCGUCCGGUUGGGCGCCAAGGGCAUCGUCCUUGCGGGCAUGGGUUCCGGAUGCUGGAGCAAGAAGGCGGGCACGACGAUACAAUGUGUCGCCGGCGACAAGGGCGAGAGGUUCCCCAUCGUCACGAGCCGGCGCACACCUUCAGGCUUCGUCGGAGGCGAAGGCGUCUACGGGCUUGAAGACUCGUGCAUCGGCGGCGGCUUUCUCGAUCCGCAAAAAUGUCGCAUCCAGCUGCAGCUUGCCCUGGCGGCCGGCCUGGACACGAUGGAGAUCCGAGGCACGUUUGAAGGCAACAAGCCAGGGGCCGAGACGAAGCCACUGCUUCACGUGGCCGAGUGGCAGGUGAAGAAGGGUGACGGGAAGCGAAUGAAUCAUCUUCCAUCCUCGGGACGUCGAACACGGACGCUAGGCAGAUACUGCAGCCAGGCAGAUACUGCAGCCAGGCAGAUACUGUAG